UUAUGACUCAAUUAAAAGAAAAGAAAAAAAGGACCAAAUUGAGAGAGUACAAGAAGUGAUUUCAGCAAACGCAGGCAUCUCUUUGACUCCCUGCAUUUGUGAUUUCAUCUCCCAUGAAACAAAAAUAACAAGCACACUGCCAAUUUGGGGAAAAAGAUCGAGUUUUUAAUCUCAAUUCAGACAAAUUAUCCAUCUUUCAGCAAGCCCUAAAUUCAGUAACCUUAGAAAAAAAAAAAAAGGAAAACCUUAGAAGCCCUAAAUUCGAUAAUUGUUUUGUUGAUCGUUAACAUGGCUACCCAAAUCCAAAGACGGAUUAUUUUCCUCGUUUUAAUUUCAGUGUUCUUGUUAUGGGCGCCGGUUGAAUCGAUCCGAUUCGAUCUGGAAUCGGGUCACACGAAAUGCAUAUCGGAGGAUAUCAAGAGCAAUUCAAUGACCGUCGGGAAAUACCAAAUCGUAAACCCUAAUGACGGACACCCUCUUCCCGAUUCCCACAAAGUCACCGUUCGGGUGACAUCAGCAUACGGAAAUAGCUAUCACUAUUCAGACCAUGUGACAGAAGGCCAUUUUGCGUUUCAAGCAGUGGAGGCGGGUGACUAUAUGGCUUGCUUUUUUGCUGCUGAUAGCAAACCUUCAACUAGUAUUACCAUUGACUUUGACUGGAAAUCGGGUGUUGCUGCCAAGGAUUGGACCAAUGUUGCCAAAAAAGGCUCCGUUGAAUUAAUGGAAUUAGAGCUGAAGAAAAUGUUUGACACGGUACAAUCCAUUCACGAUGAGAUGUAUUAUCUACGUGGAAGGGAAGAUGAAAUGCAGCAACUGAACAGAUCCACUAAUGCGAAAAUGUUCUGGUUCGGUUUCCUAUCAAUCCUCGUUUGCCUGUCUGUGGCCGGACUUCAGCUGUGGCAUUUGAAGUCUUUCUUCGAGAAGAAGAAGCUUAUUUAAUCCACUUUAUCUCAUCGUCGUCUUUUUUUUUUUUUUUUCUUCUUCAGAGUACUGUACAAUUAAUUAAUUAUCUAGGUAAGAGAUGAAUUACAUUUUUGAUUCAGUGUUGGGAAUGGAGUUCCAAUAAAACUUCAGCUUCUGUUAUAACAACUUAUACGGACUUCUUUUUUUCUUUUUUAAUUUAUUUGAAAGAACCACACAUGAUUUA